AUGAAUAUUCUUGCUAACACCGUUGCCGAUUCAACAACAUUCAUGUUUUCAAUCGCUUUAAAAAGUAUACCUAUUCUUCUCGAGACGAUAUUCAAGAUUGGUAAAGAAAUACGAGAAACAGUCAAGCGAACAAAAGCUAACAGACAUCAAUGUCUACGAUUAAGUGAACGAAUCGAUAUUCUUACUGGAUUUCUACGUGAGCGAAAAUUUGAUGAUGCAUUAAGUGAAUCGAUGAAAACUGCUUUACACAAUUUUAUCACUUUUCUCCAAAAAAGUCUGCAAUUUAUUGAAAUAUUUACCAAUGCUAGUUUUUUCAAGCGUUUAUUUCAUAACAAAGACUAUCUUCUACAAUUUACAGAAUUUCAUAAUGAAUUGACUCAACAUGUCGUCGAUUUGACUUUAGGCAUUGGUUUAAUGUCUAUACUUGUGAAUAAAAAACAAGAUGAGCAUGAUCGAUUAUUGGAUUUAACAGAUUCACAACAAUACGCACAAUCUACCGACCACAAUCACCAUGUGAGAUGCUAUCCACUAUUGCCACCAUUCGAAGAGAGUCUAAUGAAUGAAGAAUUGAAUGGUAAUCAUCAACAAAUGAUUGAUCUUCAAUGGGACAAUGGUCAACAUAUAUUCUUCGCUCAAUCUCAUCAACAAAAGGACGGCAAAGAUGAAGUAUGUUCAAGUAUCGAACAGUUUGAACUGGCUCUUUUUUGUCGUUGCUGA